GCCGAAGGACCGAUAGUCAUGACCUCUUUUAUAUUACCUCCCAACCUUGUCCGAAUCUCGUUGAUUCGGAGUACUAGGCAUCCAGGCAACCCACAUACACCUCUAUUCACAGCGCUUCGUGUCUUUCUUCGUGAUUAGUUGCACCAGCAUAUCUCGACACGCAGCCCCCUCUCCCAGCGGAGACAGCUCUCACUGAGGCUCACUGUCAGAACCCACCACUUAACAUCGGCCUCUGUUGUCUCCCCACCUUACCGGCUUCCCAGCGAUGAUACAUCGUGACUCAUUGGUUGCUCUUCCAGUCGAGCUUCUCUACGAGAUACAACUCUUCUCCAUAUCUCCAUCUUUACCUCUAACAUGCAAGACGCUCUACGGAAUAUUCAGCGCAUCUCCAUCCUCCUAUCGUGCCCAAUAUCUUAUCGCAUCUGUAGAAGCCGCACAAAUUAGGAACGACUUGAUUCCUUCGAAACUAUUGCGGUACCCAAUUUGCACAAUGGACACCUUGGAAGCAGUAUUUCGAAUAUCCAGCGAUGUUAUAUCUUCAACCUGGAGGCCGGAACUUCCAAGACGCCUCUUUCGCUCGCUCACACCCGGGUCUCACGCAAAGCCGCCUUCGUGGACAGAUCAAGACCAUCCGCUUCCCUUCCUGAAAUAUUUAUUCGCUUGUCCGAAAAUCCAUCCCCCAGACGUCAACUCACACGAGGGCUAUGCCCUCACAAAAGCUGUCCAAGUGGGCUUUGUGCCUCUAAUUCGCUUCCUCCUUGAUCAUGGUGCUUCCCCUCGCUGCAAAAACAGCAUGUCGAUCAUUGUCGCUAUUUACCGCAAGGAUAUCUCACUUGUGCGACUACUUGUGGACAGAGUGGAUCGGGAAUCUAAUCCAGCGGGACAAAAGGAGAAGGGGACGAGGCGAAAAUUGGAGGAUCGAGCCCAAGUAACACCUGAAAUGCUCAAAGUUGCGGUGAAACUCGAUGCACGGGAUAUUGUGGAAUAUUUGAUGAAAGAAAAGGGAUGUGUGCCAGAUAUGCAGACUCUGCUGAUGAUGCGGUGACAUUGGAAAUUACAGCCUUUGGCAAUAAUUGAUAUCUGAUGUAUUGAUUCACCAUGUAGGUCUCAUCACCUGCAUUCACUGCGGAAACGAGAUUUUGUGCAGACCUGGACAGUGUGCAAAAAGGCCACAUAAACAGUA